GGAAACAGUCUCAGUUGUCUCCGAGGUUAGAGGAUCAAUAGGCUGCUUGGUGUGGAGGGUUUCUGUGGCUCUGUUUGGAAGUUCAUCUUGUUGUGGACAGACUCCUGUGUGACACAGCGCCUGGCUUCAGCAUGCUUACCGAACCUGAGCUUCCUCAGGAGUUUAACAGGAUGUCUUCCAAGCGACCAGCCUCUCCAUAUGGGGGAACAGAUGGAGAGGUAGUCAUGGCGACGAGCAGACAGAGAUUGGACGAUGAGGAGAGUGACGGACACGCUGUCAUUCACUUACCCCUGAACUCUUACUGCAGCAAGGCAUCACCUUCCCGUUCCCCCCAGACCCUGGACAGCCCCCCGACCCUUCACAGCUCUAUGGAGCAAGAUGGCAGUAAAGGCUUGGCCCUUAGCCCGUACACCCAGCACAACACGUCUACCUCACCCAGCGGCAGGCCAGAUGAGGGAGCCCGCUCAGGGAGUGAGGGUGGCUCUGCUACUGCACUUGGGACCCCAGAGAGACGCAAGGGCAGCCUGGCUGACGUAGUGGACACACUGAAGCAGCGUAAGAUGGAGGAACUUAUCAAAAGUGAGCCUGAGGAGGCCCCCAGCAUUGAGAAGCUACUGUCCAAGGACUGGAAGGACAAACUGCUGGCCAUGGGUUCCGGCAAUUUUGGGGAGAUCAAAGGCACCCCGGACAGCCUGGCAGAGAAGGAGAGGCAGCUGAUGGGAAUGAUAACCCAGCUGAGCAGUCUGAGAGAGCAGCUGCUAGCAGCACACGAGGAGCAGAAGAAACUUGCAGCCUCGCAGAUCGAGAAACAGCGUCAGCAGAUGGAGCUGGCCAAACAACAGCAGGACCAGAUUGCCCGACAACAGCAGCAACUUUUGCAACAACAACACAAAAUCAACCUCCUGCAGCAACAGAUCCAGCAGGUUCAGGGUCAGUUGCCACCGUUGAUGAUUCCUGUGUUCCCGCCAGAUCAGAGGACGCUGGCUGCUGCUGCCGCUCAGCAAGGUUUCCUCCUACCCCCAGGAUUCAACUACAAACCAGGCUGCAGUGACCCUUACCCUCUGCAGCUGAUCCCCACCACCAUGGCAGCUGCCGCUGCGGCAACGCCCGGCCUAGGUCCGCUUCAGCUCCAGCAGCUCUAUGCAGCUCAGCUGGCUGCUAUGCAGGUGUCUCCAGGGGCCAAGCACAGCAGUGUGGGUCAGGCCAGCUUGGCCAGCACGCACUCCCCCACCAGUGGCCAGAACGACAAGAACCGCAGCAGUCCACCACCCAAAUCCAAGGACGAGGGCGCUCAGCCCCUGAAUCUGUCGUCCAAGCCUAAGACAUCCGAGAGCAAGUCACCCACCUCCCCCGCUUCCCCACAGGUUCCCACCCUGAAGAUGGGCCCCGGCUCCCUGAAGCACAGCGCCCCUUCCAGUCUCGGAGGACCAACAUCCAGAGGCAGCUCCAUAGACUUGCUGUCGUCCAUCUCUGCGGGAGGCUACCUGAACGACCACGAGGCUGUGAGCAAGGCCUUCCAAGAGGCUCGGCAGAUGAAGGAGCAGCUGAAGAGAGAGCAGCAGGUGCUGGACGCCAAAGUGGCAGCAGUCAACAGCCUGGGUCUCAACAACGGCCGCACAGAGAAGGAGAAGGCUGUGCUGGAGAGCCUGAGUCAGCAGUUGAAACAGUCAGAAGAAAGCAAGUUCAGCCAUAGCAUGAUGGACUUCAGCAUAAGUGGAGACUCAGACGGCAGUCCAAGUGUGUCUGACUCACGGAUGUUUCGGGAGGCUCGGGGCCGCGGCAGCUCGGAGCCGCACAUUAAACGGCCCAUGAAUGCCUUCAUGGUCUGGGCAAAGGAUGAGAGAAGGAAGAUCCUACAGGCCUUCCCUGACAUGCACAACUCCAACAUUAGCAAAAUCCUUGGUUCUCGUUGGAAGGCGAUGACUAACCUGGAAAAGCAGCCGUACUACGAGGAACAGGCUCGACUCAGUAAACAACAUCUGGAGAAAUAUCCAGACUACAAGUACAAGCCACGACCCAAACGCACCUGCCUAGUAGACGGCAAAAAACUGCGCAUUGGAGAGUACAAAGCCAUCAUGCGCAACCGUCGACAGGAGAUGCGCCAGUAUUUCAGUGUGGGGCAACAGGCCCAGUUGCCUCUGUCCUCAGCAGGAGUAGUGUACCCGGGCGCUCUCUCCAUGGCAAGCAUGCCCUCCCCCCAAAUGCCCUCAGAGCACUCCAGUAUGUCCAGCAGCCCUGAGCCCGCCCCUCCUGCCCCACCCGCCUACCUCACCAGCCAAAAGGGGGAGGAGCCCCGCGUCAAAGAAGAGGAGGAACUACGACUGGACGACAGUAACGGCCACGUCUACGACGACUUUGACUACGAGGAUGAAGAAGCAGACUACGGUAGUGAAAGCGAGAACCACAUCGCCCAGUAGACCUGCCAAUCACCGUCAAUCUCACCAAUUCCCACCACACCCUGCACACAAAGCCCCCCCCCCCCUGCCUCCCACCACCCAGUGUCAGGACUCUGUCGGAGCAGAGCCAAACCCCUCCUAAAGGAGCCCAGAUACCAGCAGCAGCAGCAAAGCACAGGACCUGUCAAUCAAAGAGACUGUUACAGAAAUGAGGGUCAAAUAUAGGGAAAGGCAGAGCUUGCCUUGACUUCUGCUGGCUACAUAUCUUGGCAAGCUCACAGUAAAUCAUGAGUAAGCUACAACAGAGGGGAAUAAUGACCCUCUUGACCAGUUUAUUGUCAAAGAGAUGUUUUUUUAAAGAUAAACAAAUAAAUAACUAAAUAAGGACCAUCAAUGAGGAGACACUUUAAAAUGGUGGACCUGUUUGUUUUAAAAAAGAGACACUUUUAAACUGCUUUCUUUUUGUUCUCUUGGUCCUCUAAUACUCUCACUCAGGUACACGGUGCCAACCAGUGGCUAGUGAAUGUGAUUUGUUGUUUUUGUGCUCCAGUUUUAAUAGGAAAAAAGGCAAAAACAUUU